GGGACAUGUGAUCACAUAUUCAGGCAUAAUUGACAAAGUCCAUCGCAGCACCAACACGUAGAUAACACGCUUCGCUUCACCCACUCAGAGUGAGUGAGGAGCAUGAGUCAAUUGACCUCAUCCUUAUCAGCGAGGCCACGCAAUCAGUCACAGCAUGUGAAGUGGACACAUGACCCAUCCAAACACAGUAUCCAAACGCACUCAGCCACCUUCCACCACUGCUUGUCAGGCAGACAGGCAGACAGGCAGGCAGACAGACCCUCUUCACCCAUUGCGUGAACCAGCUACACCAAAUCGCCAGCCAGCCCCUCACCCCACCACCGUCCCCCUGUCGAUGACGUCACGCUCGAGACCGAAUGGCCGCAGCAGACGGCGGACGGCACCAAUCGACACCUGGAAGCGGACGGAGAGAGGCUGAGGCCGAUCGGCAGUACGCCGCUCGGUCGUGAACAGAUCGAUACGGCCAUUCCAUACCAACAGGUGGGAAGCGACGGUCUCGUUGGGCCGAAACCCGCUCACGAUCACAUUACGUUCGUCCCUCGCAUCAGCAGCAUUCAGAUCGCCCCGGUCACGACGGUAGUCGACAGUAAUGCCCUGAUCCUCUGUGAUGUUGUCGGUCAGCAGACGGCCAUACCGACAGUCACCAUGGCCGAUGUGUGCUUCGAGGACCCUCCUAUGACCCACCACCCCCUCUCCAUCCGACCACCAGAGGAACACCGCAUGCAUCAGGAAUGCCGAGAAGGAGAGGUAGAGGAAUCUGUCCGAGCGGAUGACUGGAUCGGUCCGCUUGUAGCCGUAAGCGUAGGGAUGGCCGCCCGGCAGCUCACCCAACGGCACCACACGAAAGGUCCACAAAUUGCCAAUCCAAUAGCUCCCGUCAUCGGCUGGCUGCAGCGCCAGGCUGGUCCCUUCGUCUGUGAGCAGGUGGCUGAACAGCCGAUAAAUCGCCAUCGCCAAGGGCAGCUGGUGGAAUGCCGUCCUGCUGGGAAGGUGGGCUGUCAGCCACUGAGCCGACAGCACCAGGGGCAGCCCAUUGGCAGGCGUCAGCCGAUAGAUGGCGGCCAGCCGGAUGAACCGCCCCAUCCCAGGCCACUCGUUGCUGCCCUGCUCCAGCACAUAGGCCGCCCGCAGGACAUAGCUGAAUGGGAGAGGGGCGGUGCGGUCGAUGUCGAUGAGGCCGGUGAGGGAGUGGCGGGCGAGGGAGCCGUCGAUGCGCUCCACCAGCAGAGCGGCCGUCACCAGAGCCGCCUUCACCCGGCAGGUCGCUCGGACACAGACCGCCUCAUGGACGAGAAGGGACGGCAGAAUGCGCCCGAGCCACAGCUCGUCAGGCACCGAAUCAGACAU